AUGCCUCCAAAGCGCUGGAUCGACAAGAACAACGCACAAACAUUUCAACUGCUCUACCGCCCACAAACCGACCCAGCCCUCCACGAUGAAGCGGCCGGCGAGCGGGCGCUCUACCAGGUCUCUGGACCUGGCUCUUCGUCCUCUUACAAACCACAGUUUAAAGAAGGACUACACUUGACCGAUUUGGAAGGCGAUCUGGACUUUGAGCACAUGCGUGAAAAUGAAGGCGAGGCGGCACAGUACGGGAUUUACUUUGACGACACCAGCUAUGAUUACAUGCAGCAUUUACGAGAUAUCGGUGCAGGGGAGGGAGAGUCACAUUUUGUGGAAUCAGUACCUGUCAAAGUUCAGACCAAGGGCAAAGGCAAGGCGAAGACGAUGAAGUUGGAAGAUGCACUGAGAGAGUUGUCGGUGGAUGAUGGUCAAAGUGUGGCAGGGAGUGAUAUGUUGUCAACAUUCUCGACUUCUACGAGGCCAAGGACGUAUCAGAACCAGCAGGAUGUACCGGACGAGAUUGCGGGAUUUCAGCCCGAUAUGGAUCCAAGACUGAAGGAAGUGUUGGAGGCAUUGGACGAUGAUGCAUAUGUGGAUGACAAGGACGAUGAUCUCUUUGCUGCCCUCGCAAAGGAUGGUCGCAAUGGGGAGCUCGACCUAGAGGAAUUCGAGGCCAAUUAUGUGGAGGAUGAGGACGAGGGUUGGGAGUCAGAUGUCACAGAAAAGGCACCCACGCAGCCUUCAGAAUUGAAGCUCACGUCGACUGUCCCAGCCAGCAAAGACGGAAUGCCUGGGGAUGAAUUGCCUGCUCCCGACGCAGAGACAGCUGCAGCAGAAGAUGGAGACUGGUUGCGAGACUUUGCGAAAUUCAAACGGGACAAUGCUCGAAAAGCGCCGCCAAAGGCCGCGGAAUCUAUCAUCGCUGCUUCCGCCAUUCAGGACAAAGCACCGUCAUUGUAUACCUUGAAUGGCACUCCGCUGCGGCAGAAGAAGCGCAAAGGAGCUUUGACAAAUCCCAGCUCCUAUUCCAUGACCUCGUCCUCUCUCGCGCGAACCUCAGGCCAGCAAUUACUUGACGCCCGAUUCGACCAAGUUGAAAAGAUGUAUUCGCUGGAUGAGGGCGAAGAGCUGGAUGAUAUGGAUGGUGGAAUGUCGUUGGCUUCGGGGAUGACGGGUCGGUCCAAGAUGUCGCAGCUCUCCACCACCAGCUUUGCAGAAGAAGGUGCUGUUCGAGAGGAUUUCGACAGCAUGAUGGACGGAUUCCUUGGAGAUUGGAACCGAGCAAAUCCUGGCGGGGGUAAACGAAAAGGGGCCAAGGGCAAACGUGGAAAGAACGGGAACGAGAAGUACGGUCUUCAACAGCUGGAUGAAGUCCGCGCGGAGUUGGGGCCAGCAAGGAUUCACCGGCGGACAGCAACGAAGGCAUGA